AAUAUGUCGUUGCGAAAUGCUCUAUUCGUUUAGUGUGGUCGACAGUGUGUCCACUCUAAAUUGUAGCAUAAGCAUAUUUUUUACGUCCAUAGACUUGCACAAAAUAAACUGUACACACGAUUUUUUUCACCCGUAAACGCAAGAAACACACAAUGCCAAUUGUUCGAUUCUGUUAUCUCAUAGCCGUUUAAUGCAGAGAAAUUCCAAGCGUUGAAGUAGUAAUUCAGUAUUAGGGUUCAUUUUACAUCAAAGCUGUUGUGAAUUGAUAAAGGUAUAUGCAUUGAGUUUAAUUAUUUAUUAAUUAUACAGUAUAUAGCGCUGUCGUAAUCGGAAGCGCAAUGUUCACCGGUUAAAAGCAUUCAGCUUCGUUGGGCAGCGAUUAGUUUCUAGCCUAUUCACUAUUCAGGUAAAUAUAUAGUAUAUACAACAUCUAAACUAUCUGAACAGUUAUGGCGAGAAACGUAGAAAUUUGGUACGAUUUGUUUGGAUUUUUCUGCUUCGUGCUCUCUGUUGUUCUGCUGACUGCUGGAUUGUGCGUUCUCCCAUGGCUGACUGCAUGCUUUCCACUGAUCACCCUUAUAUACGAUAGCAUUGGUGAUAUUGCUAUAAUGCAUUUGUACGGGUUAACGCGGGGAUCGAAGUUCGCCAACACCUUGAAAAGGAUGUUGGAAAAAGUUAACACUUCAGAACAGUUUCAAGAGCAGCAACGUGUUAAGAAUGAGGACUUCGACGAAUUCAGAAGGAUAGUAGAAAAGCAAAUGUGCAUUUCUCAAACACUAACGCAGUACUGCAUACAUGGAGACUCAGUGUUUGGCGUGGGGGAUUAUCGGCUAUGUAUUGAUACAAAAGGUAUAAAAUCAACCGAUUUUCGAUUAUAUACUGUAUGUGUAUGGCGUAGGCUAUGCUACGUUUUUCUAUUCGGUGUGUUGUGAACUUGUUACAUACGUUUUAAUAACGUCUGUUUAGUCUCUUCUGGUUGUGCUUGUUAUUUCGUGUUAGAAAGAGAAAACACAAAUGACACUAAAAAAUGACGUGAUAACUUUUAUUUUUUGUCUUUUCACGUUUUUUUAAUCCUGUUUUUUUUUUCACUUAUAUUUCCUUGCUAACUACUCAACGUACCUUUCAGUUUUAUCGCCGUUUGAAAUUCUGACAGCGGCUAUACUCAAAGUAAGUAUCUGCGCAUGCGCGAUAUCCGCGAUUCUGUUAAUAUUGGGAAUAAUAAAACAAAGAACCCGCUUUCGAAUGGCGUCACGAGUUAACGAAUGUUUUGGAUUCGUGGCAGCAGCGACAGCUUUUAUAACAGGCUGUGUGCUGAUGAUUACGGUAUCCCCGUUGGUGGAAGACUCGGCAAAAUACAGUGCUGAUACGACACUAUAUUUCAAUGAAGUUCUAAGUAAACUAAUUCCCGAUUAUGAGCCCAAUUUUAAAGUGAAUUGGAAAAUACACGCCAGAGAUGUAUCAGAGCUGCAAGGAUUAACACGAAGAAUCGUUGAGACAAUUCAAAAGGUCGCGUGUGGUAGUGCUUUUUAUUGCGUAACAGUGUCAACUAUUAUACUUUUCGUCGCAUUUUGUUGUCUAGCUUUAAAAUCUCGGGAUAACAACCCAAACGAACUUGUCACGAGGCCGGAAAUAAAAGAGUGUUGACAUAGAAAUAGGUAUUAUUACGUCAUUGCCGAACCUCGUUUUGUCGCGUACUGUGUAGUUCUUUUUAGUCUUCAAGUUUAAAGGUACAGAACUAUGAGAAGAAAAUGUGUAGUCGGAUGUGGAAAGAUGGGACACAUUUUCAACCUAUUUUCUCGUCCCAGUUUGUAAUAAAUAAAGAACAUUCAAAGAAUU